CGCCAUUUGUGCCCCAAAGCAAAAGCACUAGACUAUCUCCAUUGGACUAAACACGUGUACACAAUUCAUAAAACACACGCACUGCGCUCGCGGCUUUUCUUAGCCACGUUGCCGCUUUUACUCUUAACGUGCGCCACCUCCACCGUACCCACGACGGAAGGAAUUCCAUUUUGUCCGAUCCGAUCGUCCGAACCCUAGCUCUCAGUGAUUCCCUUACUUUCACUUUGCAUCAAAAUUCCGAUUCUCUCAUCGUUGAACUCGGAAUAUCAUAUUAUGAUCUUCAAAUUGUAGAAACAGAGAACCAAUUUUUGACUUUUGUCGACGUCGGAUAAGAUGCAGAGACGAAGUCCUCCAAAGCACAGACACGAUGGAACUUCGCCGCUGCCUCUCGGCAUGGAUUGGAGUCCCGCGCCUCGUAAAUGGAAUGGGCAAGAUACAGUAUGGCCACACAAUCAUCGUACUGGAUGGAGUUAUUGUGUCACGAUACCUUCUUGGUCCUUUGUUCCAAAAUCAAGGAAUUCAGAUCCUGUAGUGUUCUACAGGGUUCAAGUUGGUGUACAGUCACCAGAAGGGAUUACAAGGCUCCAUGGAGUAUUAAGAAGGUUCAAUGAUUUUUUAAAGUUGUUUGCUGAUCUUAAAAAGGAGUUUCCCAGGAAAAAUAUCCCUCCAGCUCCGCCCAAGGGACUCUUGCGUUUGAAAAGCCGAGCUUUGUUAGAAGAGAGAAGGUGCUCUUUGGAAGAGUGGAUCACGAAACUAUUGUCCGACAUUGAUGUAUCAAGAUGCGCUGCAGUGGCAUCAUUUCUCGAACUAGAAGCAGCUGCUAGAUUUUCAUUCCAAGAUACAAGCCAGCAAAAUUCUGAAACAGAUCCUGAUUCCAAUAACACAGUUUAUUCUGUGCAAUCACCUCUCCAGUCAAGCUUAUCGUUACUUGCUGGCAGUUCAUCGGUUGCCUCUGAUUAUGGUAGUGAUACCGCAUAUGAGCCAUCUGACCUUGGAACACCAAGAGUUGGACGGGAUGAUAAUUCUGAUGUUGGUACGGAUGAUCUAACAUUAGAUGAAGAUAUGACAAAUCCAAUAGAAAAGCUUGUGAAAUAUGGCAUAUCAAAUAUUGACGAAGGUUUAUUUAUGGGUCAGACUAUUCUAGAGCAAUUGGAAGGCCUUCCUAGGCAUAAAGCAAAUGCCAGACAUGUGAACUAUGUUACACAGAAGGACAAAAAUAAUGGAAAUUUAUACGAUUCUUCACUUUUAGGUAAUAAUACCAUGGAGCUUUUCUCUGAGCCUGGGCAUGCCAAGGUUGUUGGUCAUGUGCGUAAGCUUUCAAAUGAGAGUUUUGGAAGUGAAGGAAGUUCAUUACGGGGUAGUGACAUCUCUAAUUUUGGGAUUCCAAAUUCCUCUGGUGAGGGCUCUCAUGACCUUCCUGGAUCUGCUUCGGUUUCAAGAGACACGGAUAUUAUGGGCCACACAAAGUUGAAAUCUACUGGUGAUACUCAAUUAGUCUUUCCACUAGAUCAACGCAAUAAAUUGAACAGGAUUCUUUCAACUAUGCAACGAAGGCUAGGCACUGCAAAAACUGAUAUGGAGGACCUUAUUGUUAGAUUAAAUCAAGAAAUAACUGCAAAGGAUUUUCUUGCAACUAAGGUCAAGGAUUUGGAAGUAGAACUUGAAACUACCAAACAGAAAAACAAGGAGAACUUACAGCAGGCUAUUCUAAUUGAGAGAGAAAGGUUUACCCAAAUGCAGUGGGAUAUGGAGGAACUUAGACGAAAAUCAAUGGAAAUGGAGAUGAAACUAAAAUCAGAAACGGGGGGGAAUUCUUACCAGAAUUCGACAAAGGAAUCAAUUGUUCUGCAGAAUGAUGUGCUAUUACAGAAUUUAGAAACUGCUAAAGAGCAUCUAGAAGUUUUGUCAAAACAGUAUGGAGAGCUAGAAGCAAAAUCCAAGGCAGAUGUUAAAGUUCUGGUUAAAGAGGUCAAAUCUCUUCGUAAUUCCCAAACAAAGUUGAAGAAGGAGCUUAGUGAGUCGAUAAAAGAAAACAGUGAAACUGAGAAACAACUACUUCAGGAAAGAGAGAGGAGGGAACAGGCAGAAGCUGCACGGAGAAAACUGCUGGAGAAAUGCAGGUUUCUUUUCAACCAGCUUCAGGAGUGCAAUGUCAGUCUUCCUUACGAAUGUGAAGAUAGAACAGUCAUGAAUUCAUCGUCAUUGAGUGAUGCUUUUAAUCAGUUAACGACAUCCGAUGACCAAAUGGACACCCUAUUAUCAGAGGUAGAAAAUUUAGAUAAGGAAUAUGGAAGUGCGGCUUCGAGUGUAGAUAAAGCCAAUGGCACCAAAGAUGGUAUAAUCUGUGAUGAUGAAGUGGGUAAGAUCAUAGCAGACUUGUUGAUGGAUAAUGUUAGACUGAGAAAACAGACAAACCGUGUCGCAAAGCAUGCUCUGAAAUUGGACAUGACAGCAACUGAAGAUACCCCUUCAAUGGAAACUAUAUCAGGUAUUUAGAAAUAUAUGCGAAGUGCUAAUAUAUAUUGCCGUUCGGCUUUUGACCAAGAGCCCACUGUUUCUUAUCCCGGUGGUUCAGCAUUUGCCGUUCCUAAUAGGUGACUUAAUAUAUAUUACUCAGUGCAGUAGCUCCCCCUGAUGUAUUUCAACUUGUACCAGUUUAUCUUCACACGCCAAUACGAGCCUUGCACCACAUUUUUUUGUGAACUUAAAAUAAUGAAAAGCUGGAACUCAUCAAAGAUAAAGUUAUUUUUCUUGUCUUUUUAUUUUUCGUCUCUACUUUUUUAAUAGAAAACACAUUUAUUGCUGUGAUCA